AGCGGUGGGCGGGGCGAGUGGAGCGUUGUGUAUAUCGCUCGAAUGUCUCAGCGUUCCAAAAGGCCCGGUCUGGCAGCACGUGGGGAGAAAAUUGAGCAGCCCGCGGCGGGUGGCAGGGCUGGGCACGGAGGUAGCGCACGGGGGCUUGGCACCAGCAUCGGGGGUGGGACAGCGAGGAGAGGCGGCCGCACCAGCUGGAGAGCCGGCUGCACCGGACGCAUCGUGAGUAGCGGAUUUGACUGGAGGCUUAAGGUGCCAGUCCUCAUGCGCCAAGUUUGCGAGGGAGGGGCUUUCCGGAGAGUAAACCGGCGUGGGCAGCGGAGGUAUAAUUUCUGAGGGUGCAUGAAAUGGCGCUGCACUUCCGCAAUUUGCUGCCGUUCACCAUUCCCGGAGUGCUGGCACUCAUCGGCUGGUGGUGGUUUUCUUCGCGUAAAAAGGAGCGUGUCAGUAACCACGACAGGCAAGAUCUUCCUAGCUUGGAAGAGUGCCAGAAAUGUUCUCCUCCUCAGGAGCCAAGCUCUUGGAAAACUGGACAGUCGAACAGUGAAUUUUCUCCACCUCUGCAGGACAAGCAGUGUAGCGAUUCACCCUUUCAAGAAUGGCAGAUACCUCUGGCAGAAGACAGAGCCCAAAGCUUGGAAACGUUGAGAGAAGACCUUCCUGUUGGGGCAAUACCAACCCUCCAACCAGAUUCACUUCAGGACGACAGUGGAGAAGUGGAAGUGAUGGGGCGUCAAGGUGUGCUUGGUUCCCCUUCGCCCAAGACCUCUCUUCUGGAUGUACAAAAAGUUGAUGAUUCCCAAACUGGUGAUGUAGCCAAUGAAGGAAAGCCUGAUUCCAAUCAAGCAUCAAACCAAAGGCUGUUGGCAGCUCCUGGUUCUGAAAAAUGGGAGGACAGUAGCAAAGAUGUGAUGGUCCAGAUCGGUUCAUCUGAGACAUCUUUGAAAGAAGACCAGUGUUCUGCAUCCACCUCUAUGGAUUCUUUCCCCGUCACCUGCUCCAGAAAGAUAAUUGAAGAGGUUCUGGGUGAGAUCCCUAAGGAUCCUGUUGAAAUGGAAGAAGGGAGUGAUAAUAAUAGUGGUGAAGGAGAGACUGCAGUUGGGACAUCGACCAAGUGUGUUGAACCUACUAGAUCGGAGGUGGUUGAGGAAGGGAUGAUGUCCAGUUCAAAGAUUGGUAGCAUGUUGAAGCACAAUGGAUGCAGAGAAGUUGGGUAUAAGGGUGAUCUGGAGAAAGAGAGGAUAGGAUCCAUUAGUUUGGACAAAGAAGAAGUAGAGAAGAUUGAGCAGGUGGCCAUGCAAAUCAUUUCUAAUGUCAUCCGGGCAGCUACCGAGGAAGUAUUAUCAGGGUCGGUCAGUGAUAUGUCAGAGAGGAUAUGCCAAAUAGCAAGCCGGGUGGAUAGUCCUCGGGAGAAGAUGUCCACCGGAAAUGUUGGCCAAGCAGAAUCUAGCCAGGGUGGUGAAUGUAUGAACCAGAAGGUUGCUAGUGUGGAAGUAUCUCCCCUCCUGGAGGAGAAUGUCAACCGUCAUGCUACGUAUUCAAGUUGUUUGACACACGGCCAACUGGUCAACCGAAGUCACAACCGGCUCAGAGACUCCAGUUAUCCCAUCAGGCGGUCUGUUGGCAGUCUGACAGCAGCUACGAACCAUGAGGAGGAGUUUGAGGAUGGUCACAUAGUGAUGGAAGAUUCUGGGUGCAGCGCCUGCACCUCAGAAGAUGGGGCUAGUGCUGAGGAUCUCUUGAAAAAUGCUUCAUCUCCACCUCCACAACACCUGGAUCUGUUGAACAUGUCCACCAUCAAAGACUCAGAGAACAAGUCCGUGUCAAGCCAGAAGCCACCUUCCUCCAUGUCAACGGAAAACAGGGUGCCAUAUAGCAAUGGCCUGCUGAAGGAGGACUUUCCACCUCUGAGCCACGAACAGCAGUGGCCAACGGAGGCCGAUACAGACCACUCAGGAGGCUCUGACGUGAACAGCAUGGACUCGGUGGACAGCGGUUGUGCUCUCCGCAAGAAUGACAGCUGCCCUAAUGCUAAGAUGGGAACAGACUGCAAUAAGGCAGAGCUUGUUAUCUGGGAAAUUCAAAUACCAAAGCACUUAGUAGGACGGCUGAUAGGCAAACAAGGGAGAUAUGUGAACUUCCUGAAGCAAGUCUCUGGUGCCAAAAUCUACAUUUUCACACUACUUCACACCCAGGACUUCCAGAUCUGUCAUAUAGAAGGCUCUCAGCAAAACGUUGACAAAGCACUGGCCCUGAUUGGAAAGAAGUUCAAGGAUUUGAGUCUCACCAAUAUCUAUGCUCCGCUACCCCAACCGUUGCCAUUGCAUUCCCUCCCCAUGACCUCCUGGCUCAUGCUUCCUGAUGGAGUUACAGUAGAAGUUAUUGUGGUUAAUCAAGUCAAUGCCGGGCACUUAUUCGUACAACAACACACGCAUCCCACUUUCCACGUCCUUCGUAGCCUAGAUCAGCAGAUGUAUCUCUGCUAUUCCCAACCUGGGAUUCCUACGAUGCCGACCCCAGUAGAGGUUGGCGUUGUCUGUGCCGCACCGGGUGUGGAAGGCGCGUGGUGGCGGGCACAAGUGGUUGGCUACUUCAAAGAUGUCAGCGAAGUGGAAAUCAGAUAUGUGGAUUAUGGUGGAUACGAACGAGUCAAGAUUGAUUCACUUAGACAAAUCAGAUCUGACUUUGUAACCCUGCCAUUCCAAGGAGCUGAGGUUCUUUUGGACAAUGUGGUGCCACUUCCAGAUGAUGAUAACUUCUCAUCUGAAGCUGACACGGUUGUUAGUGAAAUGACCAGGGAUACACCCUUACUUGCAGAGGUUACAAAUUAUGACAGUGCAACGGGCUUGCCACUAAUACAACUGUGGAGCAUGAUAGGAGAUGAGUUGGUGUCCAUCAACCGAACACUGGUGGAAAGAGGAUUUGCUCAGUGCACGGAAAACUACUAGCAAACCCCUUAACCCAUCUUCUGGACUGCUCUUUCCUCUAUUCCCCCCUGUCCCUUUGACUUUCUUUCCUGUUUUUGGCACUGUUUCAAAAUUAGGAUUUUGUAGUCCUUCUUCCCGCCCUUCCCCCCCACACACACAAAUCAGUCACUAUUUCCACCAGUGAUUUGUGAUGAAUUCAUCUGACAAACCACAGUUUGUAUUGCAUACCUCAUUUUGUUGAAAAGGCAGGGAGUUGUACCAUAAGCCAUUAAACAAAACAAACCACAGCUUUAAAACUUGGCUCUUCCCCUUUGGUCAAAUGUCAAGUUAUUUAAAAAAAAAAAGAAAGAAAAUAAUAAUUGUAAUAAUAGAGCAAAGAGGUUUGCACUAGGUUGGCUGUGUAUGGUUUAAGGCAUGUGUUGAACAUAUCUCAAUUUCCUAAAGUGACUUCUGCCUUGACAUUAAACUGACUUGAAAUGUAGGAGAUAAAUUUGAUUCAAAAAUACCCCCCCAAAAAAAUUAAUAAAAUAUUUGAAACUUGGGAGCACAUCUGAAAUAAUUAGCAUAUCCAUAUUUCUUACCAUAAAAACUAGCUACCUUCCCUUUGGUUCUAGGUAAGGCUACAUGCCCCUUGUUUGAUUGUGACUACACUUUUAAUUAAGGCUUGGUUUGUGCAAGAAAUCAGGAUAUAUUCAUUUUGCAGACCACCUUAAACAAUGAAUUUGACUUCAGCCACUAUAGCUGCGGCGUUUUUUAAUUCCCAGUCUUGUUGAAUACACAGAGAAAAGAAAAACGGUUCGCCAAGCCUGAUUGUAAGACACCACUGUUUUCUAGCUGUUUGAAAAAAAAAACCUAUGUAAAUAUAUAUAAAAAUCAUUGUAAUAUUUUGUACAAGAAAAGAAAAACUGGAGAAUUAAAAAAGGGAACUUCAAACAAAAUGAAUUUUUUUUCCAUACCAAAAUGUCCUCUGUAGAAAAGUAGUUCGGGGUGUAUGAUUACACAGCUUAAAACACUAGAAUGUGUGAAAAAAAUUCUGACCCUUGUAUAGCAUGAUUCUUCCCCUGCUUGCUGUAUGGUAGGAAGAGUAAUCAGCAAAUUCUUAUUGCUUUUUUGCUGUACAGAUCUGACUGAACGGGGAAAAACGAGUAACAUUUGGAAUUAAUAUUGCUGUGGCGUCUUUUUUUUUUUUUUUUUGCUCCUUUUUAGAUUGGUUUCAAAUGUGGAAUUUAAAAAGAAAGAAUCAAGUAAUUUAAGCUAAUUUAAUACUAUUAAAAUAUAAAUGAAUUUAAAACAUGGUUGCUGAGUUCUGAGUUAUUACCGAAGGGAGAGAAUGUAAAAAUGUCUUGUAUGUAUGUCAAUUCUAUUACAGAUUUUUUGAAAUAUUGGUCUUAUAUAGAACAUGGAGUGUAUGGCAAAAUCUUCCUGAAAAGAUGUAGAAAAAAAAUAUUGUGUGAAUCAGUCAACCUUUAAGAUUUUCAGCAAUUAAAUGCCUCUAAAUGUGA